AACCACCGGAAGUGCCUGCCCAGAGAGGUGGAGUCCCGGCGGCGGCGGCCGUUGCCAGGAUCCCGCGUUGCCGCCUGAGACCGGUAAUAUGGCCGGGAGGAGAAGGAGAAGGCGGUGGAGGACUGAGCUGCUCUCUGUCACUACCAGUUGAGCCGUUUGCUUCCUGACAAGGCUUGUGGGGAGGGAACGCAGGGUAACCGUGCCGUGGGAGAUCAGUGCUACUGUGUGCUGACGCUGUUCUAUGUAAUGGGGAUUUAGUGGUGAGCAAGACUCAGAAAGUACCUGUGCUUAUGGAGCUUACGUUUUGGUGGAGGAAGACAGACAAAAACAAAGGAAAUAAACAAGAUAAUUUCAGAUAGUGUGUGGUUGUGGGAAGAUGGAGGAAUAUGAGAAAUUCUGUGAGAAAAGUCUUGCCAGAAUCCAAAAAGCAUCACUAUCCACAGAGAGCUUUCUACCUGUCCAGUUUGAAAGCAUUUCACUUAUUCGCUUCCAUGGAAUGGCUGUGCUUUCUCCUCUGCUUAACAUUGAGAAAAGAAAGGAAAUGCAAUAUGAAAAACAAAAAGCACUUGAUGUAGAAGCAAGAAGGCAGGUUAAUAAGAAGAAAGCUUUACUGACUCGUGUCCAGGAGAUUCUUGAAAAUGUUCAGGUUAGAAAAGCACCUAAUGCCAGUGAUUUUGAUCAGUGGGAGACUGAAACAGUUUACUCUAGUUCGGAAGUUGGAAACUUGAAUGUACCUGCUACCUUUGCAAAUAACUUGCCAAGCCCUACUGAACACUCUACUUUAGCAAUGUUUGAAAAGACAACUGCAAUUUUGUCAUCAAAUAAUGAGGACCAAUUUAAAUCUAAUGGGAUAGACUUAGCUAGGGAUUCAGAAGAAUUUAAUUCCCUGAAUCAAUGUGGUAGUUCAAAUAUUAGCCACAUGGAAAAUGAAGCUUCUCUAAAGACCUCAGCAACCCCACAAGAGACUCUUAUCUCUGAUGGUCUCUUCCCAACAAAUGAAGAAGAACAGAAUUCAUCACUUUUGGAAGAAGUUACUCCAGAUCCCUACAUAAUGAGUCUUCAGAACCUGAUGAAAAAGUCAAAGGAAUAUAUAGAAAGAGAACAAUUUAGACGCAGUUUGAGAAGAAGUGCAAAGGGAAGCAUUAAUGAGAGUCAUUCAGACAAAGAAAAUGAUGCUGUUAAAGUGACUGACUGUGUAAAAGAGAAGGCCCCGUUGAUGGGCAAACACUGUGGGUCAGUGAUUCCCGAUAAACCAAGCCUUAAUAAAUCAAAUGUUCUUCUCCAAGGUGCUUCCACUCAAGCAAGCAGCAUGAAUACAUCAGUUUUAGGUAGCUUUUAUAAAGUGGACACACUUGUGGGAACUGGCCAUCCCACUGUUUCAGAUCCUGAUUCUGAUUUUAAAGUCAUUCCCACUUUUGUUACUGAAAAUAAUGUUAUCAAAAGUCUUACUGGUUCAUAUGCCAAAUUACCUAGCCCAGAGCCAAGCCUGAGUCCUAAAAUGCAUCGAAGACAUUCUAGGCCAUCAUCGGCAUGUCAUAUACUUAUAAAUAACCCAGUAAAUGCCUGUGAACUAAGUCCUAAAGGAAAAGAACAGGCAGUAGACUUAACUGUUCAAGAUACUGGUGAACAAACAAACAUACCUGAAACUGUGCCAAAUUUACCAACUGAUUUAACAGGAGUUUGUUCAAGCAAGGUUUAUGUCAGCAAAAACACAUCUGAAGCCAUACAGGAAAUGGUGUUAGGUAAUUCGAAUCAGGUGUGUCAAUCUUCAGGAAAUCAGUCAGGAAAUAAAGUUAUUCAUGGACUUGUUAUUGUGGAAGGUCAGUUAACAUCUGAUGGGAGAGGACCACACAAAAUGGACAGUACAUGCACUGCCAUGCCAAGAUCAAAUGAGCCGUAUGCCACCCGUCCAUGUAUAGCAAAUCAAAAUGAUGGAACCAUGAGUGGACUCAAGUCAGCCAGUGUGUUAGAGAAAAGUUGCAAUUCACAAAUGGAGCUGAAUAAGUCUUAUGAUGUAAAAAACCCAUCUCCUUUACUGAUGCAAAACCAAAAUACCAGACUGCAUAUGGACACCCCUACUUUGUCCUAUGGAAAUGAACAAUUUUUGGAUAACAGUUUUGAGAAAGUUAAACGGAGGCUUGAUUUAGAUAUGGAUAGUUUACAAAAAGAAAACUGCUCAUCUGUCAUAACAACUGGAAUCACUGACCAGGAAAGGGAGCACGUACCAGAAAAAAGAUAUCCUAAGGGAUCUGUCUACAUCAAUAAGAAUAAAAUGUUGGAAAGUAUUUCUAAAGAAGGUGAGAUACUAAAAAGCAAGAUGUUAGCUUUUGAAGAAAUGCGAAGGAGACUAGAAGAACAGCACGCACAGCAGUUAUCACUACUCAUAGCUGAGCAGGAAAGGGAACAGGAAAGAUUGCAAAAGGAAAUAGAAGAACAGGAGAAAAUGUUCAAAGAGCAGAAAGUGAUUACAACAGAAGCCUCUGAGUUGGAUGUUAACAAUGCAGUGGACUUAGAAUGGAGAAAAAUAAGUGACUCUGGUUUGUUAGAAACAAUGCUAUCUCAAGUGGACUCCCUCCAUACUUCAAAUUCUAGUAAUUCUGGUUUCACAAAUUCUGCCCUACAACAUAGCUUUGGUUCUGUAAAUGAAGCACCAUUCUACCUCUGGGGAUCAUCAACUAGCGGCUUGACGAAACUCUCUGUAACAAGGCCUUUUGGAAGGGUCACAACUAAAUGGUCUCAGGUUAUCAGUCCAGAAGUACAAGCAAAAUUUAAUAGAAUAACUGCUGUGGCAAAAGGAUUUCUUACUCGUAGGCUCAUGCAGACAGAUAAAUUGAAGCAACUUCAACAAACUGUAAAAGACACUAUGGAAUUCAUGAAAAGUUUUCAGUCAGAAGCACCAUUAAAGAGAGGAAUUGUUUCAGCACAGGAUGCUUCUCUUCAGGAAAGAGUGCUGGCUCAGUUGCGAGCUGCCCUGUUUGGUAUUCAUGAUAUAUUCUUUGUAAUGGAUGCAGCUGAGAGAAUGUCUAUUCUGCAUCAUGACCGAGAAGCCCGCAAAGAGAAAAUGCUCAGGCAAAUGGAUAAAAUGAAAAGUCCACGAGUGGCUCUUUCUGCAGCAACACAGAAGUCUCUUGAUAGGAAGAAGUACAUGAAAGCUGCUGAAAUGGGAAUGCCAAAUAAGAAAUUCCUGGUUAAACAAAAUCCUCCUGAAACAAGAGUCCUACAGCCAAACCAAGGACAGAAUGCUCCUGUUCAUAGGCUACUUAGUAGACAAGGAACCCCUAAGACAUCAGUGAAGGGGGUUGUGCAAAAUAGACAGAAGUCUUCACAGAGCAGAGUGCCUAACAGAGCGCCUGUUUCAGGAGUAUAUGCAGGAAAAAUCCAAAGAAAGCGGCCAAAUGUUGCGACAAUUUAAGAAGACAACACUCAUUAGGAUAAAAGUGGGGAGGGUUUCACCUAUAUCAUUGUCCCUGCCCAAAACUUUUCACGUAACCCUGGACUCUGUUUACACAGACACAGUGACGUCAAAGGGCUGAGUAAUUAUGUAGAUAAUAUGGUCAGUCUGGCUCAUUCCUUCCCAUACCAUUUUCCUCUUAAUAUUAGGUUUGGGUGAAAACAAAUUAGUUUAAUUGAUUCUGUUCUUAACUUGUACAAACAUAAGUUUGUUUUAUGUAUGCAUAUGUCUCUUGAGAACCUUUUUGUAAACUUAAAAGGGCAUUUGGGUUUAUUUCUAUAAAAUACUGAAAAGGUAUGAUAAAAUGCAAGUUGUGAAAUACAAAUUUCAUUCAUCUCUAGAUACUGAUUGCUGAAUUUGAUAAAUUAGAUACUGGGGAAAUUAUUGCAGAAAAAUGUUUUCCCCUGGUUUUGUAAAAACUGAUUAAUCUCUCAGUCUUCAUAUUUUUGGACUUAAUAGGAUUACCACGUAGAAUAAAACGCUUGCCUGCUGAUUGUGGUCCACCUAACAUUUACCACAGAAGCACCUGGGGUCACUAUUUGGAUCAUAAGCACAUGUGUCUCUCAACAGCUAGUCGUCUUACAGAUAUGUUAGGUUUAAUGUAUGUUACCCUAGUACUCUUUAGAAACAUUUCUGCUAAACUAUAAAAUCUUUCUGUGGUGGGUGGCAACUUUGGUGAAGACAGCACAAUCUUCCUGAAUGUAGUGGCAUGCAUUAUUGCAUUCAUUUCUGUAACAUAGAAUGUGGCAUGCAGUGUUAUUUUCUAUUUAGUCUGUAUAUUUUGUGUCUUCAUAGUCUGCUUUUUCUAGCAUGCUUGAUUUAGGAGAGAAUAAAGAGGUAUAUAAUAAUGCAGACUUCCAAAUGGGAUAGUAAUAUUGUCUAGUUGGAAUUUUGCAUUAUUUAAGAGGCACUGCUUUUUAAAGUUUUUAUCACUAACGUAUUCAUUUAAAAUAUAAACCAAAAAAUGUUAUGAAGGGAAUAUGAUUUUAUGAAAAAGAAUGCCAUUGAUGAUUUAUGAUAGCAUUUCCAAAAAGGGCUUUGUGCUUCUCACACAAAAUUGGGACUGUGUACAUUUAAUCUUUCUGAAUUUUUAAAAAAUACUGGUAUUUUGAAAAUGGAGACUAUAUAUAUUCCUAAUAUUCUUUAAGAAUGGAGAUAAAGAUUGUUUUCUUUGAUUUUCUGUUCUGUUUAAAAUGUAACUUUUUCUAACUAUACGUAGAAAGUAAUAACAUACUCUGUGUAAACUUGAUUUUCUUUAUUGAGAUGUAUCAUUUAUUGACUGAGUGAACAAUGAAAUUAGAAGACAGUCAAAAAUGUGUCACCAAUUUUUUUAUUUGUAGGCAAGUAUAUCAGAUUAUCUUCUUAAUAUGAUAAAUUGUGCUUUAUCACUCCGAAGACUCAGGAGACAGCUUAUUCAUAUCAUUGUGGGUUUCCAGCAAGAAAGAUAGAUACUAAAAGUUUUCUGUACACUAAUGCAAAUUAGCUAAAAUAAAUAGUAUGUUUUGGAGAAAGUUAAAACUAGUUUUAGGUUAAGGAUGAGAAACUUGAGUUUUUUUAAAGAUAAGAGCUUGUGUGUUUUACACAUUUUUUUAAUGUUCACAGCUUUUCUCAUAAAAGUGCCAGCCAUUGUUUUGUGCUUUCAAUGGAUUUUUAUUUAUAUACAUUAUUUUUUUAAUAUUUACUUUGAAGUGGAAUGUCCAUUAAUGUAAAUUGUAUUUAUUUUUAUACUUUAAUUUUCAGUAGUUUUGCUUCUAGGUAAAAGGAAAAAUAAACUUUUUAUUUUAAA